AGGACAUGUACUUAGCCUCUACUUUUUUAUGUAGGACAAAAGCAUUUACAUCGUGUUUAGCACAGAAGUCGUAUACGCUGACCUCGGAACGUGAGCUAAAAGUAGUUUAAAAAAUAUUGUUUCUUUUAAAUAUUUCGGACCAUAUUUCAAAAAAAGUUUUUAUAACAACAGAAUACAACUCUAUAGAGACGUCAGCAAAAAAUAUGUACGCUACAUCACGUCAUCCAAUACAAACCAUGAAUAUGUAACUAAAACAUGUGUACAGGUGCACCCUGGCCGUUUGACAAGAAUUGGUUGCAUUUCAUCCUACGGGACCGAAUAACGAGAAUAAAAAAAGUUGUUUCAUGUGAACAGACCACCAAACAUUUGUUAGCUAUACGAUGGUAUUUCAGGAAGGCAAGAUACCUCCCAACGUACCUCAACAUCAAGGAUUUAAGCUGAGACCAUUUUGGCGCCGACAUAAACUAUCCAUCCUUAUCGUUACCGCGACAGUAACGGGCUUUUCUAUUGGUUUGACGUUACGCCAUUUUGAACCGGAUUCGAGAACAAUCCAAUUGAUUGGAUUUCCUGGAAAAAUUGUAAUCCGAAGUUUUAUCCUACUUAUUGUACCACUGAUAGUGUGUAAUGUGACCGUAGGUAUUUCAUCUCUUGGUAAGGGUGACAAUGGAAGAUUGGUUGGUCUUACAAUUAGCUUCUUCUUCGGGAUUGCUUUGUUCUGUGCUGUUUUAGGUAUCGUUCUAGCUUUUCUCAUCCAUCCUGGAAAACUAAGUAUCUCUUCGGAAGAAAAUGGUGGUGAGCAGUACCGAUCCAACAAUGACGAUCAAAUUUUGGAUUCUGUGAUUGAUUUGUUCCGAAAUGCUUUUCCUAACAACCUAAUGCGAGCCACUUUCAUGAACGAAGUAACCGUGGUUGAAAAACAGGCCCUUUCUGAACUUAGCACCAACACUACAGAACAGAACGCUACCACAAGCACAAAAGUAGUUAAACUGCAAGACGGAGUCAACUAUAUAGGUCUCCUGGUGUUCAGUGUGGUGUUUGGCUGUGCUAUGGCGUCUCUAGGCGACAAGGUGGUACUGCUGAGGCAAGUCAUUGUGCAGGUCAAUGCUGUCAUCAUGAAGAUUCUUCAAUUCUUACUUUGGAUUUUGAUUAUCGGAAUGUUCUUCUGGAUGUGUGAAGAAGGUUUGAAAACUCCAUCUGUGACUGAGAUGUUCCAGAACAUAGGGUUGUACCUAGUGACUGUUUUUACUGGUUAUGCCAUCCAUCAGUUGUUCCUUCUUCCUGCACUUUACCUUAUCAUCGUCAGGAAAAAUCCCCUAAAAUUCUUCGUUAAUAUUUUGCCCGUGUUUUUUACAGCUAUUGGAACUUCAUCAAGUUUUUACCUUAAUGGUAGUGCUGCCACACUUCCAGUUACUAUGCGGACUAUGGAAGAACAAAAUAAGGCUCAUCCCUGCGUCACACGGUUUGUUCUUCCCCUUGGGAUGAUUGUCCACAUGGGAGGAGGAUGCAUAGAUCUUACAAUCCAGGUUCUUUUCAUCUCUCAGGUAAUGGCUAUUCAUCUCGGAGCUGGAGCCUUGGUGAUUUUAAGUCUCACAACAGUAUUGCUGACGGUGGCAGCGCCAGGGAUAGCUGGAGGUCCAAAUCCUGUGUUUCUAUUGGCAGCUCUUUCGUCUGUGGGAAUCAGGAAUCCUUCUUACAUAUCCUUACUGUUAGCUAUUGAUUGGCUUGUCGACCGAUUUCGAACUUCUAGCAACGUUAUUGGAGACUGUUACGUUGCUAUGUUUGUACAAAAGCUUUGUAAACAUCUUCCUGAUGUGGUAGAGGACAAGAGUGCGACAAACAAACCUGUCAAUGACGCAGGAGGGGGAGAUGAUUUGCAAGAUAAGGACGUUGUUGUUACGAAAUUGUAGCAGUGUACAACAAAAAAUUUUGAGAGCAAUAAGCAAGUGCCUUAUAUGAUGGUUACAACAACAAAAGUGGUAAAAAAAACAUAUUAGGCGAAAAUGAAUUAUGCAUAGACUAUAAGCUGAAAAAAAAAACAGUAAUAUGUCAUCAACGUAAUGCCUUUACACGAAAUAAAAUUAACGAUAUUCUUGAAAAACCAUCGCGAUUCCCACAGUACUGUUAAGUGAUUUAUAUUCUUUUAAGGGGAGAUGAAAGUCUGUAACUUGUUCACUGUGUCGUUUCCACCUGUUCAGCGUCAUCCAUUUUAAAGGUUUUGAUGAAAUUAAAUAGUUUACCUAUAUACAAUGAAAAUUAUGCUGAAAAGUAUUAUAUCUAAAUACAUGAAUAAUUAUCAUGUGUCUUUAUUUCAAUAAAAUGU